ACAAUUUUUAUUUUAAAGGAUAAUCUAUAAUGUGCUCUUUGCUUCCUCUGAUUUGUUUUUUGCCUAUUUGCCUUUGCCUUUUUGUUUCUUUACAAAAUUUUAUCAAUAAUUGUUUCUUCUGAAGUUUGUCAACUUUUAUCUUGCCAAUUUAGAUUAAAAAAGUGCACAAAGAAACAAAAAGUAAGAAACCGAGAGCAAAGAACACAUUGUAGAUUAGCAGUUGCACGAAUAUUAAUUUCUUAGCGGAGUUUUGUAACUUUUAACGUCAGUGUCGAUACCGUUAUAUUGUCGCGCAAAUAUUAUAUAUAUGUAUAUAUAUAAAAGCUGCGUAACGACAACGUACUGCCGUUAAGAGUUACAGAAUCCAGUACAGAUCGCAUAUAUACUAUAUUUAAAAAGUUGACUAUAUUAAAACAGUUGUAUACUAUAUUUAAAAAGUCACUUUUGACAAAUUAACAAAUUAACAUUAAGUGACAUACCGCAAGAGAUUAAAUCAAUCAUAAGUGCAUUGACAGAGUAAGAAAAAAAUAUGACCAUGCAAUCCAUGAGACAGAGAUUCUUUAACAUCGUAAGAAAAUCAAGCAAAAUAAGAUUUCUGAGUUCUCAGCAAGUGAUCAAUCGUGAUAAAAAGUACGGUGGAACACACAUAUGUUCGCUGCCGAUUGUUAUCUCUCGCGGGGAAGGAGUGUACCUGUGGGAUAUGGAAGGAAAACGUUACCUUGACUUCUUAGCAGGACUUUCGACUGCCAAUCAGGGCCAUUGUCACCCACGCCUGGUGAAAGUAAUGAGAGAUCAAGUUGGAAAAUUAACGCACACAUCAAGAGCCUUUUAUUCGGAACCUGCAGGAGAAUUAGCAGAAUAUCUAACUAAACUUCUAGGAUGGGAUAGGUUUUUAACUAUGAACACAGGUGUCGAAGGUAAUGAGACGGCCUUAAAAUUGGCCAGACGCUGGGGAUAUAGAGUGAAAAAGGUGCCGAGUAAUAAGGCUGCUGUUGUGUUCACCGAGGGCAACUAUUUGGGUCGUACAUUAGCGGCCAUAUCUGCCUCGACAUAUCCACAAUAUUACACAGAUUAUGGUCCGUAUAUGCCACUUUUCGAGAAAGUGCCAUACAAUGACUUGGUCGCACUGGAACAAAAGUUUCAGGAGAAUCCGAAUAUCUGCGCGUUUCUGGUAGAACCGAUUCAAGGAGAAGCCCUCUUUAUCCCGACUGAUGGUUAUUUGAAAGGUGUGAGAGAACUGUGCACAAAGUACAAUGUUUUAUGGAUCGCCGAUGAAGUGCUAACCGCUUUUGGUAGAACUGGUACGCGUCUGGCAAUUGAUCACGAAGGCUACAAGCCAGAUAUUCUUGUUUUAGGAAAACCACUCGCCGGCGGAAUGUAUCCAGUUUCCGGUAUCCUAGCGAAUAAUCAAAUAAUGUCCUGUUUUGAUCCGGGUUCGCAUGGAAGCACUUUUGCUGGAAAUCCGCUUGGAAACAGAGUCGCUUUGGAAGCGGUUAAAAUUAUAGAAGAAGAAAAUCUGACGGAGAAUUCGAAGAGACUUGGAAAAAUUCUAAAAGAAGAAUUAGAAAAGCUGCCGAAAGAUAUCGCGCCAGAAUUUCAUGGACGCGGUCUUCUGGCCGCUCUUGUGAUAAACAAAGAAUUUAACGGUUUGGACAUCUGUCUAAAGCUGAGAGACGCUGGAUUGUUCACGAUACCUACAUAUGGUCAAAUUAGAAUAAUGCCUCCAUUAACGAUCACGGAGGAACAACUUCGAGAAGGAAUAAACAUUCUCACGACAGUCCUCAAAAAUUACAAAUAAAAUAUUUUGCCAAAAUUA